AUGUUGCAAUCUGCAUCUGAGAUCCUGUCUACUACCUGGUCUGCCGUCGAGAGUGCUUCCAAGCUAUGUGUGACUCUUUUCCUACCUGCUCUUCUAUUUUCGGAGAUCGGCCCUCUCGCAUCUUGGGAUAACUUGAAAGACUAUUGGGUCAUUCUCGCUUAUGCGGUAGUUUUCCAACUUAUCUCUUGGAUCGUUGGUGCGAUCGGGGUGAUUGCUUUCGGUAUGCCGCAGUGGAUUAUCUCUCUGGGCAAAAACGGCACGUUAUCACCUUUGGUCAAGAACGACGAUCUCGAUGCGGUGCUAGAUCGAGGUCAGGUCUUCCUUCUUAUAAACGCACUGAAACACCCUCUUGAUAUACCCCAUCCCUGGUCUCAUUCGGAAUCCCCUCAUGCGAUCAAGAAGGUGCGAGAGGUCCUCAACGAGGAUCAAGAUCAUCCUGCCAUCGAGCCGUACUCUGGGGACAACGAGAAUGCACCACUGCUCCAUCAAGCAAGACAACACGGCAAGAAGGGCUGGAAGAUCGCCAAGAUCUUGCAACAGAGCUUGGCAGGCUUCAUGAAUCCGCCCAUGUACGGUGGACUUGCGGCAAUCGUUGCGGGGCUCAUCCCGUUUCUCCACAACUGGUUAUUUCAGAAAGGAGCUUGGCUUAGUCCAUGCUCGUCAUCGGUGCCCAUCUCAAGACGAAGAAAGGAUUUCAUCAUGAUGCUUGCUCCUGUCGGACCGCCGGCUCUUACUCUAGCUGCAAUUGUCGAAAUGUCGGAUACCGAUGAGGAUGUGGAGACUGCGGUUGCCAAGACGAUUGUCAUUUCCUACGCUCUCACACCGCUGAUCAGUGUCAGCGUCACAGGGGCUCUGCAAGUGGUUGAGAAGCUGUACUAG